UGGGCAGGCAGAGAGGGAUACCAACGUGGUUUUGCACCGUUGGUUAUUUUCGUUUAACACUUCAUGCCUGGCCUUUUAAAAUAUAAAAAUGACUGAAAGUAAAGCUGAAUCGGCUUCUAAGCCGGCUAAAGAACUGCUAGCUUUAAAUCCCAAACAAGAGUCUGAGUUUAAGAAGAAGGUUCAAGAGGCGAAGAAGAACAAAUCUAAAAAGGGCAUUACUUUGACUCCAGGGGUGAUUUACGUCGGCCACCUCCCACUAGGACUGUUUGAACCUCAGCUCAAAUCUUACUUCGAGCAGUUUGGGAAAGUCCAGAGGCUACGGCUGUCCAGAAGUAAAAAGACAGGAGGAAGUAAAGGAUAUGCAUUUGUUGAGUUUGACUGUGAUGAAGUGGCCAAAAUAGUUGCAGAGACCAUGAACAAUUAUCUCAUGGGAGAAAGGCUCAUCAAAUGUCAUGUAGUCCCACCAGAGAAAGUCCAUGAGAAGCUUUUUGUUGGCUCUCAGAGAGAAUUCCGCAAACCUUCAUAUCCAGCUGUGGAGCGCUACAACAAGAAACGUACAGCAGAGCAGAUUGAAAAAAUGAAAAACAAACUGCUGAAGAAAGAAUCAAAGCUCAGAAAAAGACUAGCAGCACAUGGCAUUGACUACGACUUCCCUGGAUUUGCUUCCCAGGUACCCCCGAAGAAAAAAUCCUCAGAUACCAUGAAUGAAUCUACAUGUAGUGAUGACACCACACCAUUAUGCACCCCAUCCGUCCUGGAGAGGAGGAAGUCCAUGGUGGUCGACGAUGAUGAGGAUGAUGAGAUCAUCAUUAAGUUGCCCACUGCAGAGGAAGAUGAAGAGUCCUCAGAGGAAGAGGAGGAGGCAGACAGUGAGAGUGAAGAAGAGUCUGAGUCAGAGGGAGAGGAACCCUCAGAGGAUGCUGAGAAGGAGUGAGAGGCUUGGACUUUUGAUUGUGGACUUACUGUGGCACUCGGACUGUCAGAGAGCAGACACACACAUCAGGAUCAUGUGUGGUCUUUUAUUUGAGUCACAUGAUCACUUUGAACUGUGUUCAGAUCGCCCUUUAUGUGGAAAACCCCACAAUUAAAGAAGAAGAAGCAGCUCUUUGAAAAGACUGUAACUGUAAUGUUGGUAUCACAUUGGUCUUUGCUGAUGAUGUUUCUUGUAAAUCAUCUCGAUGAACUUAAUUAUGAAAGGCUGUUUUGUCUUUGUGUAGGCCAGACGUGUAUUUCAAUCUCUGUCAUGCUAGAGGCAAAGACUUCACACUGUUAUGCAUUGCUUUAUAACCACAGUUAAAAGAAACUGUGGUUAAAUUUGUAAAAUAUGAUCUUUAAAAAUAAAUAUCAGAACCUUUCUGU